GGUUUUGCUUUUUGCUCCCCUACUCUACUCGCCCGCCGCCCCAGCGCCGUAUCGCCACCAGCCGUGCCGGCACAUAUCCUCUUCGACGGAGAGCGCGCGGUCACCGACCACCGAUCGCCCGCGCAGGACUUGGAGCGCAAGAAAGGCGGGUGCGCGGCCAUGGACUCCUUCUCGUCGUCGUCGUCAGGUUCCAGCCCCAACCCGGAGGCCGUUAUGGAGCAGAUCAAGGCGCAGCUCGCCCAGGCGUACGCGCAGGAGUUUCUCGAGACCCUGGGGAACAAGUGCUUUGAAAAGUGCGUGACCAAGCCAGGAUCAAGCUUGAGCGGAAGCGAGAGCAGCUGCAUAUCACGUUGUGUUGACCGCUACAUUGAGGCCACCGGUAUUGUGAGCCGAGCCUUGUUCAGCCAGCGCUAAGAGCACAUUAUGAUUCCAAUGAUCCCUCCUGAGAGUGAUGUACCCUUGAGAAUUUUGACUUGUCAGGAUACAAUAACAGUUGAUGCUUGGUUGUUCAAGCAGCGAUUGCUCUAAAGACUCGGAGGCUCUUUUGUAAGCCUUUUCUGCUUUAGUAGAAGUAACCGGCUCUAUCAAGCGGCGCAGAUGUUCAAUUACGCUCAUGCCGUGGUUUGGUU